CGUGAUCCCACGCGUCUUCGCCAUGCACUUCAUCCGCUCUCAACCACGUCCUUAGCGGGCUACGGUAACCAGCUCGUCUCGCCCAUAUCUGCUGUGUCCAUGGCUUCCUCUCAUGUGCAGACGAUACACACGCCUGGCAGCGCCAUCCUGCCGUAUAAUCCGCAGGAAUGGGUAGCGUCGCCAGCAGUCAUGGCGGCGACAGAGCGACCUCUGCCGUUUGUGGGCAGCGAAGCACAGGGUGGGGAUUCUUUUCAUUCUUCCUCGUUGAUACUAUUCCUAGACAGCUCUCCCCCUCCCCCGCCGCCAUACACUCCCAGGAGAAACAUGCAGCAGCCUCGUCCCGUCAGUAUGGCUUUCGACUACGCUCCGGCGCAAGUGGCCGCUACUCCUCCUUCGCGCUUCUCUAACAUGCUGGGUCACCGGCCUUCUCCCGAGCCACCGGCUGCUGCUACCCGCUCAUUUCCUCCUCCGCCCGGUGCGAGUGGUAGGGGAAGUUCUCGAGAGCGCCUCUUUGCGCUGGCAUCCUUAGGGAGACGGAGAGACACCGAUUCAGCCAACUCCCCAGAGCCGGCUCACCAUAUCCCCGGGUCUAGACGGAGCGUUGGACCUGCUUUGUUCCAUGCUCUAGAGCAAGAACGAGCCGCAGCUACAUCUGCCAUCAGUGUUGACCCAUUUCCCCCGGCAUCCCGUAGAGCUGCCUCCACAGGCGCCAUCGAUACGCCAACAUCUGCUCGCUCACGGUCUACUUCUCAGACGAGAUGGGAGCCUGGCAUGCCACUUCCUCCGCCCCCGCCUGGCCCACCUCCGCCUUCGUCGAGCAGAUCGCAAAGCGUACAGAGCAUGGACAGAAACAGCGUGCCCAUUAUUUCUCCACCAACUCGCAGGCCUCCCCCUUCUGGUAUAUCAUCUCUGGGACCCGUUCCCCCAACACCUGCCGACUGGGUUGACAGUGACACGCCACCUUCCGCUCGGCCUCAGACCCAACCGGUAAAAGGCCGAUCUCCCAACCUGACAAUUGAUACAACGAGCGCGAGCAAUCCUAGCGAACCCAUAGAACCGCCCCUGAAUUCUUCGGGCAGCGCAAGUGGUUUGAACCGCGCCAAGGCCGUGCGUCACGACAAGACCAUCUUACAGAGGAGAAGCGAGAGCCGCUCUCGACAUGAAUCGCGGGGAUCCAUUGACAGCACGUUGCAGGGACAGCAUAUUGCCGACAUUGUUGUACCCCCCGCCGGUGGUCUAGCUCGUAAGCUUACUAUUGGCAAGACAACUCCCCGGAGCGCUGGGAAAGCCCCUAUGGACCAGCCUCUUACCGGAGAAUCAUCAAUCCAGCAUGACUCCCGCAAUUCGACGCCUCGGGCACCAGAUUCGGCCACAUUGUUGCACCGCGAGGCAGCCACGCCACCGUUUUCGCCAACACCGGCCAAGACCUACCGGCAGCUCGGCGCAAGCCAAGGUGCUGUGCCAAAAUCUCUCCCGACUCCUCCACCUCAGACCAGAUCUGCCUCUGGGUCAAUGAUUGCUGAAGCAUCUCGCCUUUCUUCGUCCAUGGCGGCAUCGCCAUCCAAAGAAGUUAUUGUAAACCAGAGCGCCGCGGAAUUCGCAACUGGCUCUAUCGAACGGUUCCGGUCAUUUGCGAUCAAAGAGGCCUCAGCCGCAACAGACGCAGACCGAGUACGUCUCUUCUCCGAUUUCAUAGUCACCGAGUCCAGAAUUCGACGCGAGAGAUACUCGUCAGCUAUUGGGGCCAUGGGAUCCGAAAUCUUUGAUUUGAGCCGUGAUUUAUUCCGCCCGAUGAACUCCGCCCGACGAGAGUCGAUUAAUUCCCAGUCCCUAGGUGACUGGACUCCAGAGUCUUCGGAACCAAAUCGAUCUCACCGGGGUUCUGUCAGCUCUGUCCACCCUGCUGAAGACUCAUCGAGCUCAGCACCAGCAUCUGGCAGUCUCCCACCGUCUCCAGGGAUAAAGCAACCUCUCAACUGGGCCGGUACUGCAAACUACAUGCCCUCACUAUCUCCCAUUCUUAGCAUGAGCGUGAGUGACAAUCAUGAGAAUAGCUCACGUGGAAGACCCCCCAGCCGAUGGUGGGAGACGGAUUCAAACGGAGACCCGAACCGUGGUGGAUUUGAAAGAUCUAAACGCGAGUCCAAAUACAUGGGUGUUCCCAAGGACCAGUGGAUCGAAGAUGAGCAGAGUACUCCACACUAUGCGCCUGUAAGCGACCAAGGCUCUUCGUCAGAGUAUCCCCCGGAGAAGACGGGUUGGCAUGAUCAGGGAGAGGCAGUAUGGACCCCUCAACCGUCGAACACUUCUGUGGCCUCUACCCCGUCGACUGCGACAAACCGACAUGGGCUUUUGGAUGUUUCCCGAUUGGUCACAAUGCCACCGCCAUACCCAAGGCAUCAUCCAGCAGUGAAUAAUAACCACCCUGAGCUAACAUCAAUUCGCACAUCUGUACGGUCUUUGAGCGAACUGGCUGAUAUUGACGGAUCAAAAGAGAGAUUUGCUUCGAGCAGCCUCCGGCGCCGAGAGGAGGCUUCCAAGGCGGCAGGAGAGCGUCGCCUCGCGCUGAGGUCCAACCUGCAGAAAGAAAUCAACUUGGGAAAUUUGGGUUACGCUGAUGCCGCAGCGAUUGAAUCUGACUUUAACGAACAGGAGAAGGAUAAGAAGAAGGAGACGGAGAAGCUGGAAUACGAGCACUUCCAGAACCAAGUGGUAUUGCCGCUGAACGACAUUCUGACGGAGCGAAUUUCUCGAGCGACAGAGCUAUUCGACGACUUGGCACGUCACUUAUUCGACAGUAGCGAAAUCGAUGCCGACAUGCCCCAAGAAGAAGGAGACGACAAGCCGGAGCUGUUGGAGAAACUGACGCUCCUCAAAUGGAUCUUUGAGCAGCGCGAGUCUUUGCACCGGGCCAUUUACGACUUGCUAUCGGAUCGCAAUGCUCGCUAUCGUGACGUCGUGCUGACACCGUAUCGACUGUCUGGCAACACUGAGAAGCUCAAGUCGGCCGAGGGAUUUUUCAAAGAGGACGCAGAGAAGCGAGAAUACGCAUUUGCAAACGAGGUGCUGAAUCGGGCGCGUGAAUUCAGGUCCGUGAUGGAAGAGGCAGUUGCGCGUGGUAUCGAGCUACAGCUUUCGGCGUUUUGGGACAUUGCACCGCCGCUUUGCGGUCUUUUGGACACCAUCCCGAUGGAUCUAGAGGAUUUUGGUGUCCAUAUCCCGGCGUCAGAGUACGAGGAGAACCCGGCAUAUCACGAUCACCCGCUGCAGUAUCUUUACAGUCUGCUACUCCAUGCCGAAAAGAGCACCUAUCAGUUCAUUGAGGCGCACACAAACCAGCUGUGCCUUCUGCAUGAGGUUAAGGAGGCGGUUGUCAAUGCCAAGGCUCGCGUGCUUGCGACACAGCUUACUGAAGUGGAUGGCACACCCAUCCGACCUGAGGAUCGAGAGCUGCGAGCCAAGCAGAUGCGCGAGGUGGAGAAUCGCCGGCUGACGGAGGAUCUCAAAGAAAAAGUACGAGUCGUACAGGACCAGUGGAACAGCUCACUGGGAACAGCCAUGGCGGCAGUUAAGCAGCGGACUGGCGAGUGGCUGCUGCAGACGGGGGGAUGGGACGAGUCCCUGGAAGAUAACGGAGUUGGC